AUGGAGAACGGGAUGGGAUACGUGGAGCAACCCGCGCAGUAUGCGCAGGACGCCAACGGCGUCGUCGUGAACGGUAUGGGCGGCGUCAUGCCCGUCGUGGGCGGCAUGUCCGCGCCGCCGGUCGGGGUGAUGACGACGGGCAUCACCCGCGUGUACGUGGGCAACCUCUCCUGGGAGACCGAGUGGCAAGACCUCAAGGACCACAUGAGGACCGCCGGCGAGGUCGUCCGAGCGGACGUGAUGAGAGACGCGUCCGGCCGCUCCAAAGGCUGCGGCAUCGUUGAGUACCGCACCCCGGCGGAGGCGCAAGAGGCCAUCAACACCCUCCUCGACACCGAGCUUAAGGGGCGCCUGAUCUUCGUGAGGGAGGACCGUGAGGCCGCAGCGGUGGUGGGGGGCGGCGGCGGCCCGCCCAUGGGGGGCGGGCCUCGGGGGAGCGGGAACCAAAACGCCAGGGUUUACGUCGGAAACCUGGCGUGGGACGUGGCGUGGCAGGACCUGAAGGACCACAUGCGCGGCCUCGGCGGCGAGGUGAUCAGGGCGGACGUCAUGACGGACCAGGGGGGCCGCUCGCGGGGCUGCGGCAUCGUGGAGUACGCCGAGCCUGAGCAGGCCACGCAGGCGAUCGAGCAGCUCAACAACUCGGAGCUCAAGAACCGCAUGAUCUUCGUGCGGGAGGACCGCGAGAGCGGAACUCCGGGGGGUGGGCACCACCAGCAGCAGAUGCACCACCACAACCACCAGCAGCAGCAAAUGGUGGGGCAGAUGCAGAUGGGGCCCAUGGGGGCCUUCGGCGGGCAGCCGUUCGCGGCCGGCCCCGGCGCCCUCAUGGGCCAGUCGAUGGGGGGACACAUGCAGCAGAUGCAGAUGCACCAGCAGCAGCACGGCAGCGGCGGGCACCAAGGUGGGGGCGGGGGUGCGAUGCCGCAGGCUACCGGCAACCGCAUCUACGUCGGCAACCUGGCGUGGACUGUGGAGUGGCAGGAGCUCAAGGACCACAUGAGGACGGUGGGGAAAGUGGUGCACGCGGACGUUCUUCAGGAUGGCGACGGGCGCUCCAAGGGCUGCGGCAUCGUUGAGUACGAGGACAUCCGCGGGGCCAACCGAGCCAUCCGAGAGCUCAACAACACCGCCCUGGGCGGGAGGCCCAUCUUCGUUCGCGAGGACAGGGAGCAGCAGAACCCCCGCCAGAGGCAACGCGGCGGCGGGAGAGGAGAGAUGGCGAACGGCGGCGGCGGCCGGGGGGGCGGCGGCGGCGGCGAGAACCUCGCCGGGCGGCAGCUUUACGUGGGCAACCUGUCUUUCGAGACGACGUGGGCGGACCUGAAGGACCACUUCCGUACCGCGGGGGAGGUGGAGCGCGCGGACGUGAUGAUGGACGGCUCGCGUAGGUCCAAGGGCUGGGGCACCGUCCGCUUCAGGACGCAGGAGGAGGCUCAGUCGGCCAUCCAGGAGCUGAACGGCACCGAGCUCGGCUCCCGACAGAUUGAGGUCAGGGAGGACAGCAAGACUGGGGGCGGCGGCGGCGGCGGCUCGUACCCCAAGGCGGGCAACGCCAAGGCCGGCGCCACCGCCGCCGCUGCUGCCUCGGCUGACCCCGUAGGCGCGACUGAGGCCGCCGCGCCCGCUGCAUCCGCCACGGUUGCUCCCAUUAGCACCACUUCCUGAUCCCGUCGUCAGUAUCGGAGAAGAACCCUAGGACAAAAGCCACGAAAGGAAUGACGACCCGAUGUUUCUGAGGCACGAACGUGGAGCCUGAGCGCGCGCGGGGGUGGGGGGGGUGGGGGGCAGCGAGGGCAUAUGCUGCACGCGUGUCCCGGGCCCCCUCUUCCCACGGUUUUUCUCCCUGCUCCCCCCCCCCCUUUUUUUUUUGCGCGAAGCUUUCGGCCGUGUCAAUUUGCACACGACUUGCUUAGACCGUUUGUGGGUGGAUUGGUGGAAAGGCUGUUGUUUUGCAGGAGAGGGUGUGUCUCCUGUUGCGGUGGCGGGUCUUCGCCGUGUCACCCCUAUGCUUGAGGGCGGAAGGAGUAUCAUAAGCAAGGAGCGGGUGUUUAGCGUUCGGUGUUUACAGAAUUGAUUAUCUUGUUGCCUGUGUUUGUUGGGUGUUUCUUUUGUUCCGUUUGUGGCCGUGGAUCGAACGAACUUCCGUGUAAGGCAGCCAUGAGCCCGCGCGAAUUGGAUUGAUGUCUAUUGUGUGUAUGUUUGUGUGCGAUCGAUUCCCUUGAGUGGCCCUUCGGGAACACUCAAGUGUCAUGCACGGAGCGCGCGGGGGAGGGGGGGCAAGGGCAGGGGCAACCUCACCACGGCUAAUGCGUGUCUCGUCUUGGGGUGCUUGUAUGUCGCGGUAGCGAAGACGCGGAAUAUCCUUGCCUGCUGGAAUGGCGCGUCGGCUCUCCCUGUCUCGUUUAUCUUUUUUUUGUUUUUGUCUGGUUUUGGCGUCGCUCGGGAGAAAACAGCUGAGC